AUGAGUGCAGAGGACCUGAUGAGAUGCAUGGCGAACGCGAUGGGGCAAAUGACGACAAGUUGGCAGCAGGCGCUGAGUCAACAGUAUAAGUCGAUGGAGAGAUCGAUGGGGAAGCAGCAAGAAGAUAUGAUGCGGCAGAUGGAAGGCAUGCAAGACGCGAUUAUGAGAGCGCAUGCGAGUCAAGUAGAGCUCAGGGAACAUCAAGCAAGCGUGAUUCUGAGUCAGUGGAAUGAAGACAUUCGAUGCGUGAAGAGUGAAGUCGUCCACAAGGAGAGCGCUGCACAGGAGAGAGGAAGAGCACCCUAG